AUGAGCCCCUCCGCAGUCGACAUCAACGUCCAAGCCGAAACCGACACCACCGCCGUCCUCGUCCCCAAUCCGCUCGACCCCAACGCCCUCGCUGCAUGGCGCAAGACCGGGAGCGUGCCCACGGGCACCGCCGCAUUCUCCAACAGCGACAUGUUUAAGAGUGCCGCCAGCUUCAAUCGACCCAAAGCCAAGCGAUGGGAUCAUUACAUCUCUACUGAGGCGAAAGCGCGAAAACCGUCUUCUCUCAAGGGUGCGGCGAAGUAUUUGUCAAGGCCCGGUAUGAUUUCGCUGGGUGGUGGGUUGCCAUCGAGUGAGAAUUUUCCGUUUCAGGAGAUGAGUUUGAAGGUGCCCAAGGCGCCGGGUUUCUCGGAGGAGGAGACGCGUGUGUCGGGUACGACUAUAACGGCGGGGAAGCAUGAUAUCAAGGAUGGAAAGAGCUUGUUCGAUUUGGAGGUUGCGCUCAACUAUGGACAGUCAGUAGGCUUUGCGCAGAUGCUUCGAUUUGUCACGGAACAUACAGAGAUAAUUCACGACCCCCCAUAUUCGGACUGGCAAUGCUGUAUGACUGUCGGAAACACAAUGGCAUGGGACGCGACUCUCAGAGUCCUGUGCGAGCGAGGCGACUAUAUCCUUACCGAAGAAUACGCAUUUGCUAGUGCUUUGGAAACCGCCGCUCCUCUCGGAAUUCAUAUCGCGGCAGUGAAAAUGGACGAACAAGGUCUUCUUCCCGAAGAUAUGGAUGAACUCCUCACCAACUGGGACGAAAAGGCCCGUGGCGCCGCAAAGCCACAUCUUCUAUACACCGUUCCAUCGGGUCAGAACCCGACGGGAGCCACUCAGAGCGCUCAACGACGAGCAGAAGUGUACAAAGUCUGCCAGAAGCACGAUGUCUAUAUUGUCGAGGACGAGCCGUACUAUUUCCUCCAAAUGCAGCCUUACAAGGCUGAUGUGCCGCCUCCAUCUUCCCGCGAGGAGUUUUUGAAAGUCCUGUUGCCAUCUUUCCUCAAGAUCGAUGUUGAUGGCCGCGUCCUUCGUCUCGAGUCAUUCUCCAAGGUUCUGUCCCCUGGAUCUCGUAUUGGUUGGAUCGUUGGCUCGGAGCAGAUCGUCGAACGUUUCGCGCGUCAUUUUGAGUCGUCAAACCAGAAUCCUAGUGGAUUCGCGCAGCUCGCUUUGUUCAAGCUUCUCGAUGAAGAAUGGGGUCAUUCGGGUUACUUGGAUUGGUUGAUGCAUUUGCGCUUGGAGUACACCCGUCGUCGGGACGCGUUGCUUGAUGCUUGCGAGAAAUAUCUCCCUCAAGAAGUCACUAGCUGGGUUCCGCCAUCUGCUGGCAUGUUUCAAUGGAUCGAAGUCCCCUGGAAACAACACCCCGGCUACUCGCAAGGAAAAUCACAUGCCGAAAUCGAAGAAGCAAUCUUCUUGGCUUCCGUUGACCGUGGUGCAUUGUUGUCGCGUGGAAGCUGGUUCCGCUCCAAUAAAAACAUGGCGGAGGACAAGAUGUUUUUCCGAGCAACGUUUGCGGCGGCGCCGGCGGAUAAGAUGCAGGAAGCUAUUAAGAGGUUUGGCGAUGCAUUGAGAGUGGAGUUUGGGUUGGCGCAGUAA